GCUGGUCUGUUUCUUCUCUAGAUGGCCUGGGCCUCUCCAACACCAUGUAUGCGCGGCUAGGGGAAAUCAUCAGCCUGGAUGCGUCGAUCGCCGUGACCCUGGCAGAACACCAGGGUCACGGUUUAAAUUACCACAAGCGGCCAUUGCGGGGCCCUCUAAACCAUUCUUCUUUAUUCCCAGCAUUCCUCUCCUCAACCACAUCUCUGUGUCCCCGCAGCGGGAGUGAUGCUGCCUCCAUCCGGACCCGGGCCACGUUAAGUGAAGAUAAAAGGCACUACGUGCUCAAUGGCUCCAAGGUCUGGAUCACCAAUGGAGGGCUGGCCAGUAUUUUUACUGUGUUUGCAAAGACCAGCGUUGUUGAUUCCGACAACUCAGUAAAAGACAAAAUUACAGCGUUCAUAGUAGAGAGAGACUUCGGUGGAGUCACUAACGGGAAACCUGAAGACAAGUUAGGCACCCGUGGCUCCAACACUUGUGAAGUCCGUUUUGACAACACCAGGGUGCCUGUGGGAAACGUCCUUGGAGAAGUGGGAGGCGGGUUUAAGGUGGCCAUGAACAUCCUCAACAGCGGGCGGUUCAGCAUGGGCAGUGCCGUGGCCGGAAUGCUCAAGAAAUUGAUCGAAAUGACCGCUGAAUAUGCCUGCACGAGGAAACAGUUCAACAGGAACCUCAGUGAAUUUGGAUUAAUUCAGGAGAAGUUUGCCCUGAUGGCUCAGAAGGCUUACGUAAUGGAAAGUAUGGCCUACCUCACUGCAGGGAUGCUGGACCAACCAGGGUUUCCCGACUGCUCCAUCGAGGCUGCCAUGGUGAAGGUGUUCAGCUCAGAGGGCGCCUGGCAGUGCGUGAGUGAGGCGCUGCAGAUCUUCGGGGGCUCGGGCUACAUGAGGGACUACCCGUUUGAGCGCAUUGUGUGUGACACCCGCAUCCUGCUCAUCUUUGAGGGAACCAACGAGAUCCUGCGGAUGUACAUCGCCCUGACAGGCCUGCAGCACGCCGGCCGCGUCCUGACUGCGAGGGUCAAUGAGCUUAAACGGGGCAAUGUGACCACCAUCAUGGAGACCAUUGGCCGGAGGCUUCGAGACUCCCUGGGCCGAACUGUGGACCUGGGGCUGACGGGGAAGCUUGGAGCUGUGCACCCCAGUGUUGCGGACAGUGCCAGCAAGCUCGAGGAGAACGUGUAUUACUUUGGCCGAACCGUGGAGACGUUGCUGCUCCGCUUUGGCAAGACCAUCGUGGAGGAGCAGAUGGUCUUGAAGCGGGUGGCUAACAUCCUCAUCAACCUGUAUGGCAUGACGGCCGUGCUGUCGCGUGCCAGCCGCUCAAUCCGAGUGGGGCUCCGGAACCACGACCACGAGGUUCUAUUGGCCACCAUGUUCUGCACGGAAGCUUAUUAUCAGAAUCUCUCCGCCCUGUCUCAGCUGGACAAGUAUGCUCCAGAAAACCUAGAUGAACAGAUUAGGAAAGUGUCCCAACAGGUGUUAGAGAAGCGAGCCUAUGUCUGUGCCCACCCUCUGGACAGGACAUCCUGAAGCAGAAGGACGGUGUUCCCUCCUGCCCCCAGGCCAACUCACUCUUUUUCCAGAAGGCGGAGAACUUGGGGUUAUUACAAGUUGAAUCGUCUCUUCCCAGUCUUCGCCAGGAGGGCUUUCUUCUGACCUGAGGGAGCCUCUUCUAGCCUGUGACCCGCAGGCACUGCUGCCUGACAGGACCCCAGGUUCUCCACAGAGACGGAGAGCGCGUGGAAUUGCUGAGACCUGGGAUUGGAGGUUCUUCUGCCAGUUGAGGAGACGUCACCGUAGAAACUGGGGCUUGUGCUGCUGCCUCCGUGGCCUGAGGCUGGUGGGGACCUGUUUCAGGCAUAGAUAGCCAUUUCUCCUAGACCAUGUAUUCUCCGAGAAACAGCCUGAGUGCUGCGUCCAUGUCACUCUUUCAAACUAAGAGCAAAAUGCACUUAAAACACAUGCCAGGAACGAUUUAACAAAAAAGAACAUAAAACGGCAGUUUGUCUAUACCCUUCUA